AUGGAUGAGUCCAUGCAAACUUUUGGAUUAGCUAUCAUAUUUGAAACCAAUAAAAAAGUACUUAAGAGCUUGGAACCUUUGUUGCUGUUGGUGUUAUUAUCAAAUAGUAUCGAUUCUAAGGAGAGGAUGGAGGAGCAGAAGAAGGCUUCGAGUUCGAGUACUACAGAGAAAGAAGUGAGAGAGAGAAACGAAAAUGAUGAAAAAGAGAUGGGAAGGGAAGAUGUUCAUUACAGAGGAGUCCGACGCCGCCCUUGGGGUAAAUUUGCGGCGGAGAUACGCGACCCUUCUAGGCGUGGCGCACGUCUAUGGCUCGGAACCUUCGAUACGGCGGAGGAAGCAGCAAAUGCUUAUGAUCGAGCCGCGUUUGCGUUUAGGGGUCAUCUCGCCAUCCUUAACUUCCCUAAUCAACACCACUCUCAUUCCUCUUUUACCUCGUCGUCGUUGUCUUCUUCUUCUUCUUCUUCUUCUUCUGCUUCGGCUUCUGCUUCAGCUUCUGGGUCUGCUUCUGCUAGUGGAGGAGACGUUGAGAAGCCAAGUUUAUCAAUUGGAGCCAAAAGAGAAAGAGAUGUCAUUGAGUUUGAGUAUCUGGACGAUAAGCUUCUGGAGGAGCUUCUCGCAGUCGAAACAGUGGAGGACACCACCAAGACCACCAAGGGCAAGGAAUGCUGA